GAAAGAUGUCAGCUCCCACAGUGAAUGUGCAACAUACGGAGUGGGAAAUCACUGUGCAGCAUCUAUAUGUAACAAGUUUAAAACAAAUAUGCAUAUAGAUAUUUGACAGUUGUUGUAUCACAAAUGGGGAAAAAGAAGCAGGCUAAGAGUUUAACUGCCACUGACAAAUUAGCGAAAAAAGAUGAAAAAGCUAAGAAGACAUAUGCCUUAUCUAAGUCUGAAGCAUCCACCAGUCAUCGGUAUGACACAGACGAUCAGCCAAAGGUUGUGAUACCCGACCGCCUGGAGCAGGAGAUAAUCGAGAUGAUCCUAGAGCAUCAGCAGGGGGACAAGUACCGCGGAGAUGUCUCCAAGAGGCUGUCCACCAAGAAACUCACCGAUCUGUACAACAACCUGUCAGAUGCUGGGUUCUCUCAGAAGCAGAUCGAGGCAGCCAUGAACAACACUGUGGCACACGGUGGCGACCUCAUCAGCGCCCUUGACUGGCUGUGUCUCAACACAAAGAAUGACGAACUCCCGGAAGGGUUCUCCCAGACCUUACUGCGUGAGGAACAGAAACGAAGACCCCAGUUUGAUGCCUCUCUUCAAGCCCUGCCCCCAACUACAGGCCCUGCAACAAGUAGUGAGGCACAGUCCAUAGCAACAGCAGAAGAAGCGGUUGGUAAAUCAGACAAAUCUGUCGCCCCUGAACAGAAAUCCUCGAUGAAAGAUUGGAUUCUUAACUAUGCUGAGUUUUCUGAUGACUCGGAAGAGGAACAGGAGGAGACAGAAGAAGACCCAAACGAGCGCUACCUUACUAUGACGGCCAAGUUGCUGGACGCCAAGAGUCAAGCAGCCCAGGCUAAACAAGACGCUAACAAGACUCAACAGAAGGAGCUGUCCAAGAAGAUCAGGGAUAUUAGACGAGAAAUGGAUUCUCUUGAACUUGAACCUGGAUUUAACCCAGCUGUAAAAAUUAAAGAUAUUGACCAAGAGAAAAUGGGGGCAUCCGGAUCAAGCCAAUCAAAAGGUUCCAGCUCCCAGAAUGACACAUCAGAUUCCAGCAGGGCUGCGAGUAGCCAAUCAACAGCCAGCAAAUGUGAAACAAGCAAAUCAGCAGAAGGGGAUGUUUUUAACUUAUCAGGGUUUGCAGCCAUGGAGGAAAAGGCAACAGUUGCAGACACACCAGUAAAAGCGCCUGUAAAAGAAGUGAAGCUGGAUGUGAGAAACUUUGAGUACACUCGUCAACAGUGGACUGGGAAGUCUCCAAAACAGUUCCUCAUAGAUUGGGUGCGCAAGCACCUGCCACCGAGUGACCCACCAAAGUUUGACAAGAAGCAGCACAAGCAGAAGUGGAGAUCCAUAUGCAAGGUGGACAGGAAGAAAGAUGGCGGCAUGUUGUCAGUGACACCUGAGAUUUUGUGUGAGAACAACAUGGAAUCCCAGCAUCUGGCUGCUACCCUGGCACUGUAUCACCUGUGUCCUGGACAGCCAAUCCACCAGUUGUUACCGCCGCCGUACAGGGAUGUGUGGCUGGAGUGGAGGGAUGCUGAUAAUGCCGUCAAGCAGGAGGCCAAGGAGAAGGAAAACAAGCCACGAGAUCAGUUCAUUGCCAGAUUCUUGAGGAAAGUUCAGAUGGAGGACAAGAAGGUCCGACCUGCAAUGGUGAAGGUCAGUGAGAGGAAUGAUGAGGAAAUGACAUGGGAAGACCUUGCUGAUGAGGUGAGCAGUUUGUUGUCUAACAGGACGAUUUUGGCCCACAUACAAGCAAAAAGGCCAUCAUCCUCUCAUGCCUCGAAGCUUGAUAGCAGUGCCUUGAAACAGCUGUUCAAGGACAGGAUGUCAUCCCAAGUCUACCAGACUCUGCAGGACACUCGGAGGAAGUUGCCAGUGUUCCAGCACAGAGAGAAAGUCAUGGAACGAAUCAACAGAGAAAAUGUGGUAGUGGUUGCCGGGGAAACAGGAAGCGGCAAGAGUACCCAGAUACCUCAGUUUGUUCUAGAAGAAUCAAUAAUGUCUGGUGCUGGAUCACAGUGUAAUAUCGUGUGUACUCAACCCCGUCGUAUAUCUGCCGUGAGUCUCGCCAAGCGAGUGUCGGAGGAGCUUGGUGAGAGAAACCCUGGACACAAACAGUCCCUCUGUGGCUAUCAGAUCCGCUUCGAGUCCAAGAAGGGGCCCAACACAAAACUCACCUACUGCACUACAGGGGUGUUACUGCGGCAACUGCAGCAGGAUCCACUGAUGUCACAUAUCACACAUAUUAUUAUUGAUGAGGUUCAUGAAAGAAGUGUCCAGUCAGAUUUCCUGAUGAUUGUUGUCAAGGAGAUUCUGAAUCAGAGGCGAGAUCUGAAGGUGAUAUUGAUGAGUGCCACCCUGGACAGUGAGAAAUUCUCAGCCUACUUCAGCCACUGCCAAGUCAUCAGCAUCCCUGGCCGAACAUUCCCGGUGGAGGUCUAUCACUUAGAAGAUGUGAUAGAGACUAUUGGCUAUGUCGUGGAUGAGGACUCUCCCUACACACUCAAGUCAGGGCAGCUGGUGGAGGAAGAAAGUGCCACACUAGAGGUGACAGAGAAAGGGGGAGACUCGUCCCAGGUGGACGUCUACUGGACCAAGCAGGACAUCACCAAGAUCGACAUGACUGACCUCAGUGCUGACCAGUAUAGUCUGAAGACAAGAAAUGCAGUCACCAGACUCAACAUGAAGAGGAUCAACAUGGACCUCAUCAUGGAGAUCCUGCGUCACCUGGACAAAAAGCAGCCAUUUUGCAGUGUGGAUGGCUCUGUGCUGGUCUUCCUUCCUGGCCUGUCUGACAUUCAGGAGCUGCACGAGAACCUACAGGCAGACAGGCACUUCUCGGACAAAGCAAGGUACCGAGUGCUUGCACUUCACUCUGUGUUGUCAUCCACGGACCAGAGCGAGGCCUUCACGGUGCCACCUCCAGGGGUCAGGAAGAUCGUCAUAGCAACCAACAUUGCGGAGACUGGCAUCACCAUACCUGAUGUUGUGUUUGUCAUCGAUGCAGGGAAGGCGAAGGAAAACAGGUACAUUGAGUCCAGUCAGAUGAGUUCCCUCGAGGAAGUUUUCAUCAGUAAAGCCAACGCCAAGCAGCGCCAAGGUCGAGCAGGUCGUGUCCAGGAGGGCUUCUGCUUCCGGCUGUAUACUAAACAAAUGUAUGAGAACUUCCGUCCCUUUACUGUUCCCGAGCUGCUGAGGGUUCCACUGGAAGAACUGUGCCUCAAUAUCAUGAAAUGCAAGUUUGGCAAGCCCGUUGAGUUCCUAUGCCGUGCUAUGGACCCCCCUCAGUCUGUUGUUGUGUCCAGAGCCCUGACCCUCCUACAGGAUGUGGGGGCGUGUGACUUAGAGGGGGGCAGCCUCACUCCCCUGGGCCACCACCUGGCUGCCCUCCCAGUACAUGUCCGCAUCGGCAAGAUGCUCAUAUUUGCAUCCAUCUUUGGAUGUUUGGAGCAAGUGGCAGUAAUUGCAGCAUCAAUGACUGAGAAAUCACCGUUUGUUGUUCCACUCGGCAAACGUGAUCUUGCUGACACAGCUAAAAGGGCAAUGUCCAUAGCCUGUUCUGACCAUCUGACAGUCUACAAAGCCUUUGAAGGGUGGGUGUCAGCUCGGAGCCAAGGGAGACAAGCAGAACACUCCUACUGUAGCCAUAACUUCCUGAAGAGGAACACCUUGAUGGACAUUGAGAAUGUGAAGAACGACCUUGUGAAGCUUGUGACCUCAAUUGGUUUUGAGAACAUCACCAUGUCGAGUGUGCGGAGGCCGACAGGAAAGAGGCCUGACGUACUUGAUAUUAGCAGCAGCACCACCAUCGACCAGGGCCUCAACUCGGACACCAUUGCAGUAGUCCGAGCGGUCAUCACUGCUGGGCUGUACCCCAGCGUGGCCAAGAUCAGCUUCACUCCGGCGGUGGACGCUGCAGCCAAUCCAGAGAAGAUUGUUUGCCUUGCCGAGACAUCGCAGGGAAUUGCACAGAUACAUCCGUCCUCAGUCAACAGGUUCCUCCAGGCUAAUGGAUGGCUUGUCUAUCUAGAAAAGGUGAAGCUGUCCCGGGUGUACCUCCGCGACUCCACCCUCACCUCCUCCUACCCCCUCAUGCUGUUCGGGGGGGACAUGGAUGUACAGCACACUCAGCAGGCCGUCUCCAUAGAUACCUGGAUACAGUUCAAGGCAAAGGCCAAGACAGGUGUUAUAUUCAAGGAACUCCGAUACUUACUGGCAGACAUGUUACAGAAAAAACUUGAAGAACCAGCUCUAGAUCUGAAAGAGGACAAGUUGAUACCCCUCAUCAGGAGACUGAUAACCGCUGAGAAAACUUGAUGUCUUGGUGAAGAUAUUAUUUGCAUAUUGUAAAAACAGAUAUAAAUAAAUUAUGUAUUAUUUUGUA